GGUUCAACAACAGGGAUACGGAGAAGCCAAAACCAACGACGAGAGAACGAUCUGAAGCCACGCAACUAGCUCGCCCUCGCGGAGAGAUAGAGAAGAAGGUUCAAAAUGGUGCGACCAAGGCGGUUGUCUGCGGCGAGCGAUGAGUCCGGUGGAACGGCUGGCAACCAGGAACUGGGGAGCAUGUACGAUUACCUUGCCAAGAUCAUCUUGCUGGGUCCAAGCGGGAGUGGGAAAUCAUGUCUCUUGCAUCGAUUUGUGAAGGACGAGUGGAGGGUACUGUCAUCGCAGACAAUAGGGGUAGAAUUCGCCAGCAAGAUCAUCAGAGUCGGCACUGGCGCUAGGAGAAAGCGGAUAAAGCUUCAACUCUGGGACACAGCAGGCACAGAACGUUUCCGCUCAGUCUCCCGGUCCUACUAUCGAGGCGCUGCUGGUGCAAUACUAGUCUAUGACAUCACAUCCCACCAAACCUUCGCCUCCCUCUCCUCAUUCCUCAAUGAUGCCCGCGCCCUCGCCUCCCCGAACCUCACACUCCUCCUCGCGGGAAACAAGGUUGAUCUCGCAGACAGUGGUACACUGAUCGACGUGGCCUCCUCCUCCUUACCACCCGCUACCCCCAGCAGUGUCAGCAGCAAGAACUCGUCCUUUCCACUCGCAGCCGGCGGAUCCGUGAAUUCUACAACUUCUACAAGUCUGGGAUUGGGAGCACAGCUGCGAGCGACGGUUGCGCCAGAUGGGAGGGAAGUCGGCGCAGAAGAGGCGAGCAAGUGGGCGAGCAGCAAUAAUGUUCCCGUUUCGGUGGAAGUUAGUGCGUUCAGUGGGGAGAAUGUGGAAGAGGUGUUUAAUCGUUUGGCGAGGAUGAUCUUGACGAAGAUUGAGCUGGGGGAGAUUGAUCCUGAUGAUCCGAUGAGUGGGAUUCAGUAUGGUGAUGGUGGGUGGAUUGGGGACGGCGAUGGGGCGAGCGUGAAGAGUGGGAUGACGGCUGAUUCGAACGGGAUGAGGAAACGACGGAAGGCCAAGAAGGGGUGGGGAUUAGGUGGUGGAACUCUAGGUGGCAUGAGGGAGUGGGAAGAGGUAUUUACGUUGAGUGGGAGUCGGAGGCGGAAUGGAGGAUGCUGCUAAGUAUUAAUGAUUUUCAGCCAAAGGAGCUUGGAUUUUCGUUUGUCGAAUUGAAAUUGAGCGGAGCGACUUUAUAACUGGCGUUUGGGACGAAGAUAGAUCGACACGGGAGCGACCGAGCGUUUCCUUGGCAUACUACCCCGAGAUGAGAUGAGGAUUGUUGAUAUGGAUGGAGCGAUGAUAGAAUAUUAUAAUGUACGAGUCAGGUAACAAAUGGAUGCUGAUUUUCUGAAGUUCGGCGAGCGC